AUAGUAACAUUCAUUCAAAAUUUAAAUAUGGCAGAAAAUGACACCAUGCAAAUCUUUUUAAAAGAGUUUAUUUACAAUGCUAUGAGUUUGAUAUCUCUUUGCUCAUCAAUAAAUAUAUCUGAAACAAAUAAUGUAAACUUCACAAAUGAUAAUAUGUUUUAUAUGUGCCAAAUGUUAAACACAACCCAAAAUGAAUCUUAUGCUUGCUCUGAUGAUGGUUACUGUGUGAAUAUUGAUCAAAGUAUCAUUGACAGCUAUUCAGAUUGGCAGUGCACUGACACUGAUGUAUGUGAUGGUCUUAAAGUUGCUUUGGUUUUGACUGAUUUUUAUUCUGAGAGUAAAGACAGUGAUAUAGCUUCUUCUGUUGGAUUUGCAUUCAUUUUGAACCCUAUAACAAAUUGCAUUAUAACUUGUAUUAACUAUUCAUCUAUAUCUAUUGAUUUUAUUGUUCAAGACUAUAUUCCUGAAACUACUGAAGCUACAACUACAACCAAUUUUUACAAUGAUACUUCACAAAAUAAUGCAAGUACAACAACUACAGAAAUGUUCACAACAACAACAAGUGCACCAUAUUGGUUGCAGUGCUUUCAAUUAAACCCUUUAAGUGUAACUUGGGAAAUAAAUGACUGCAGUACAAGUGUUGGCAAUGAGUCAUAUGUCACAUGUUAUUGUCCAGGUCCAUUUCUUACUGGUGUGUUUUGGAUUAAUGAGGAUGUUGAAAAUAAUAUCAUUCCUUUUACAGUACAACCAUGUAUACCAAUAACAACAACAGUAGAACCAUCAGCAACAACAUCUGCUUUAGAAAAUACAACAACAACUACUUUAAAUCCUUCAUAUGCUGUUGUUAGUUGCAAAUUUAGCUUUAAAAAGCCUUAUAGUCAAGAUGACGAUACUAGUGUUUGUAACGCAUGUCAAAAUCAGUUUAAUCUAACGAGUGACAAUUUUCAAUCAUGUGCAACUUCAAAUGGAAGUACGAUUGUGAGUUUUAAAUUGGUUGGUGAUCCUGAUAGUGUUGCUAAUAUUUUGGUUGAUGUACAGUCACUAAUUCAGAAUGGAAAGUUAACAAUAACAAUCAAUGGAGUUGAAUUUACUGCUUCAAAUGAUUCUUUUUCUUUUAACUAUGAAGUUAAACCAACUCAGCCACCAACUAGUUCAAAUGAUGAUGAUGAUGGUUUAACUGAUGCAGAAAUUGCAAUCACAGUUGUAUGUGUUGUUAUUGGAGUCCUUUUUCUUAUUAUUAUUGGAGUUUUUUGUUACAUCAGCCAUAAAAAAAAGCAUAAAAAACGUCCAGUUUCACCAAGUGAAAGCACAGGUCCAAUAGUUUCAGAAGAAAAACAUCACAAACACUCAUCAAGUGAAAAACAUGCAAAGGGUCGACAUAACCCAGCUUUUGAAGAAGAGCACUAAAUAACUAAACAGUUGCUGUAGUGUUGUAUAUAUUAGUUUAGCUGUAAAAUAUAUAAUAAAAUCAGGUUUUUUUAGUUCACUUUUGCAAUAUUUUUUAAGUAUUACAUAUUUAUUAAUUUUAUUAUCCAUCACUAUGUUUAAUAUAUAUCACGAUUUAUAUUUUGAAAACUUGCAUAUAAAUUAUCUGACUUAAGUUUGUGAAAGCUGCGAGACUUUUUUCCUUAGUUUCUAUUAUUAUUUAUCUUAUAUAAAUCUAUUAAUCUGAUGUAAAUUUACAACAUAAUAUAUAGCUGUGAUUAAAGUAAGAUUAUAUUAUUAAAGUAUAAAUGUAAGUAAAUAAUAUCGCCAACAAUUUUGUAUAAAAUCGCCAACAAUUUUGUAUAAAUGGAAAUAUGAAUUUUACUCUAUGUAAAUAAUAAAUUGUAACACGUUCGUUUUAAUGGAAAUAUAAAUUUAACUCUA